AUGGAUGCCAAAUUUCUUCACUUUCUUUCUCUUAUUGUCUUUCUCAUCCAUUUCUCAACUGCUUUCAUUCCCCAAGAUAAUUACCUUAUCAACUGCGGAUCAAGCAUAAACACUAUUGUAGUCGAUAACAGAUACUUCACUGGAGAUUCAUCUGAGAAUGGUUCCUCGUAUCUAUCUAAAGGUAAAUCAAUUUCUCUUACGAAUCCAAUCCCAGCAUCGAAUUCUUCUGUACUUUACAGUACAGCUAGAAUUUUCACUUCUGUUUCAAGCUAUAAAUUUAAUAUCAAGAACGUUGGAUUCCACUUGGUACGUCUUCAUUUCUCUCCAUUCAGUUCUCGGGAUUAUGAUCUCAAGAAUGCGAAAUUCAUAGUUUCAGCUAAUGGAAAAUCAGUUUUAAGCAACUUUUCUGCUCAGUUUACUAUCCUUAAAGAGUUUAUCUUGAUGGUUAAUAGAGAUGAGCUUGAAAUUCUUUUCACGCCUGCUAGUGAUUCCAAUUUUGCAUAUGUGAGUGCAAUUGAAGUGUUUUCAGCACCAAAAGAUUUCAUUAUUGACGAAGGGAUAACAUUGAUUAGUCCUAACGAAAUUCAAGACUUCAAGCAGAAUAUUUCGUCCAAAAUUUUAGAAACUGUUCAUAGGAUUAAUGUUGGAGGAUCAAAAUUAACCCCGUUUAAUGAUACCCUUGGGAGAAAUUGGAUUCCAGAUGAAAAUUUUCUUGUCUUGAAAUCUGCUGCAAAAAUUGCUAAGACUAUUCAUCCUCCUAAUUACCAACCGGGAGGUGCCAGUAGAGAAAUUGGCCCAGACAAUGUAUACAUGACUGCACAACAGAUGAAUAUAGAUAAGCAAAGUUCAAAUUUUAUGUUCAAUAUAACAUGGGAUUUUCCUGUGAGAUCGGAGGAUUCUCUGCACUUUGUUCGUUUGCAUUUCUGUGACAUUGUUAGCAUUUCACUUCAGACGCUGUACUUCAAUGUAUAUAUAAAUGGGAUCAUUGCGUUCAAAGAUCUUGAUUUGUCUUUGCUUGCAUUCCAUGAGCUUGCAUCGCCUAUUUUCGUUGAUUUUGUUGUACAAAGCUCGGAUAAGUCAAACAUUGUUCGGAUUAGUGUGGGUCCUUCUGACCUCAGCAAUAAUUUAAGGAAGAAUGCUAUUUUAAAUGGGGUUGAGAUUAUGAAAAUAGUGAAUCCUGUGGGUUCAGAAAAGACCGCUAAGACAAAAACCAUUUGGAUUUUGGUUGGUUCAGUUGGAGGUGGAUCUUUCGUGUUAAGCUUAGCAAUUCUUAGUACAUUGUUAGUACUCAAAUGCAGGAGAAAACCCGAACCAAGACGUGUUGAAAGCACAGGAUGGACUCCUGUUCGUGUAAACGGAGGCAGCUCCCAUGGCACGUUAUGGGAAAGGCCAGUUCUCGGUUAUGGUUUGAAGAUUCCUUUUGCUGAUAUAGAAUUGGCUACAAAUAAUUUUGACAAGAAUCUGAUAAUUGGCUCAGCUGGUUUUGGCAUAGUCUAUAAAGGGAUUCUCCAAGAGAACUUGCGAGUUGCUGUCAAACGACGUGUGCCUGGUAACAAACAGGGACUGCCCGAAUUCCAAACUGAAAUAACAGUUUUGUCAAGGAUUCGCCAUCAUCACCUUGUUUCACUUGUGGGCUACUGUGAAGAACAAUCCGAAAUGAUACUUGUUUACGAGUACAUGGAGAAAGGGCCUUUAAGGAACCAUUUGUAUGGUUCUGGAUUACGCCCUUUAUCUUGGAAACAAAGGCUAGAAAUAAGCAUUGGUGCAGCUAGAGGUCUACACUACCUUCAUACAGGUUCAGCACAAGGGAUUAUCCAUCGNUUUUCAACCGCAUAA